AGACCGUAGGAGCUGGGUGGAUGGUUUUAUAUUAUUAAUACCUACCAAAGUCAGAUGAUUCUUAUCUUUUCUUCUUUUACCUUUUGCUAGCUAGCUACCUACCUACCACCUACGUAUAUAUGUAGUUGCUAGCAGGAAAAUGUAUCAGAGUCUUGCUCAUUCGACAGCUUGCAUUCAUUAUACAUUGCAUUGCAAACUUGUCUAGUACUAGUAUCUUCUAUCUUCUAUCUUCCCUUACCCUUUUACUUCUUCCUUCCGUUCCCGGAGCUUAUCCGCUUGAAUCUAUACCCAUACAAACACACAAACCCAUCCCAACAGCUUCCGACCCGAUUUCCUUUUGGGCCGCUGAGCUGAGCUGAGGUUUGCUUUGGAUGAACAAUCUUCACUGCAUUCAUUGCAUUGCAGGAUCAUAACUUUUUUGGUGUAUAUUUUCAUCCCAUUGACUGAUAUUCCAAAUUACCAUAUAUCAUAUCGCAUCAUAUCACAUUUUUGGAAAAGUCGCAUUCAAAAGAAUAUCAUUUUCGAUCUCGGGAUUGGAUGAGACAUUGAAUUCCUUGGCUCAGCAUAGGGAUACACGAAAAGAAGAUCACGAGAAUUCAAGUAUUUUGAUACUCAACCGCUGUCACAACCACAUAUAAUUCAUUCGGCUACGAUAGAUAUCUAUUUCCUGAGAGGCAAUACUGGAAAGGAAAUACCGAAGAGGGAAUAAAAUCCUUUCUCAAAUCUCAAGCCAAUGAUCAACAAAAUGAACGCAACAUCCUCUCUCCAUUUCCCAAUCUCUACCACCAUGUCUCCGGCAUUCGAAAGGUUCGGUCACGAGACCAUUAGAUCUGCCGCGUUUCUUCUAAUACCUACCGAACUCCUCUACUUUUCUAUUUAUUCUUUACUCAAGAGACAAUAUGGAACGUAUAAGAAAUUAUCAGCGUUAUCGCUGGUCACGUUUUGCUUGAGUACUUGGAUGAAUCCUAUUUCUUGUGGGCCUGUAGCUGCUUUGAGGAAUUUCGCCAGUUCGUAUACCCAUUUACACAUGAUCUCCAACGAUAUACUUGAAAAAAAGCAUACUAAUCCUCUUUAGUUGGAACUGGCAUCUUCAAAAUCCUAGAUAUCUAUACCCGACACCUUUCACUCCCCCAACUCAAAAAUGAACCUCCAACCUACAAACAUGCACUUCUUCUCCUAACAGAAAUGCGUUAUGAAUCUUUCGCACCAAAUUUCAUUCCGAUUUCUCGAUCCCAGGAAUCUUUUAACGAAUACCUUCAAUUCGCCAUCCAUAUUGCCAUUUUCUGUGCCUUACAAACGUUACCACAGGAUUGGGCGCUGGUAUUGGCUUUCGAGGUGGAGUUAAGUAUUUAUAUUACUUGGACAGCUAUCCAAUUAUUAGUAAAAUAUAAAAGUAGUCCCGCGCUUUUUGGAAAAUUGUAUGCGGUUGAAAGUUUGGGGGAUUUUUGGUAAGUCUUACGUUGUGAUCUCGUUUCGAGAUAAUCUAACAACACCAGGUCAAAAACAUGGCACAAUGCAUAUUCCGCGCCAUGCUCAUCUCUCGCUUACAAGCCCCUUCGUCAAGCUCUACCCAAGUUAGGUGUCCCAGUCCCGAUCGCCAGAUCAGCCGGUGUCCUCGCGGCAUUUCUCCUCAUGGCCGCUUUUCAUGUUUACUGCCUCGCACCGAUGCUAACAGAAAAAGCACUUUUCCGAGUUGGAAUGUUUUUUAUCCUGAAUGGAUUUGCAACGGUAGGAGAGACGGUGGUUUGGGGAAGGAAAGAAAGUUGGAUGAAAACGGUUUUGGCGUGGAUGACGGAGAUGGGAUUGGCGGCUUGGACGGCAAGCGCGUUGGGGAUCCCGAGGGGUAUUAAUGGGAUUAGAUGGGCGGAACUUUGUGAGGUGAGGGUUUAGGAAUGAAGUUCGGGUUGGGGUUGUGUUGAGGUUGUUGGGAUAUUGAAUAUGUUUGAUAUGAUGGAGUAAGACUUAUGAUGUUGCGAAUUAUUUUGGAUGAUAGGUUAGUUGGUUUGUUUGUUUGUAUUGAUGUAGCGUAAUGAUGAAUACGAGAUAAUAUCAAAAGCAGCUAAAUAGCUAAAGGACUCAGUAAUCCUAAUCGAAGCAGGCCGGAUACGGAUUUCUUUUCGUCUCGCCUCAAGAUAGGAAUCUCCUUGAUUCAUUUCUUCUCUUUGUUUUUCAUAUUUUCAAUCUAGAACAUACACAACUUUUAAA